AUGGUGUACACGCUUUAUGAGGGCUUUGUUCUCCAAACAAAGCGCACUCUAACCUCACUUUCACAUAUUCUCCACAAAGCUGAGGAACAGCCCAACGCCUCCAGCCUUCCAUCUUGUCGACUGCACGAUGACAUGAAAUCACUUAGCUAUCAAGUGUUCGCGGCAACCACGCAAACAUCGCUAGCUCUGGCUAAGCUCACAGCUGAAUCAUUCCCUACAGGAGAGACGAAUCAAGAUGUUGUCUACACAUAUGCGGAAAUGUACGCUCGCAUUGACAAGGCGCUCCAGGCCCUUGAUGCGGUUGACAAAGACUUUAUCCUUGAACACUGUGAGGCUAUCGAGCCCACGCCUCUGGGAGGGAAUAUGCAAGCCCUGUCUGGAAUUGCAUACGCGUGCAUUAUGCAGGCUAACAUCUUUUUUCAUGUAACUACUGCCUAUAGUAUCUUGCGCAUGGAAGGCGUGCCUCUAGGCAAGGUGGACUAUAUCUUACCUUUUGUGGCUUCCUAA